AUGCUGCGGCUGGCGCACGAGGGCGCGCGGGCCGCACAGGAUCGAUUGCAGGCCGGCGAGGGCACCGUGGCGGGCGCGAACGCGAAGCUGAGCGCGUACGCGGCGCAGCAGCAGGCCGACGCGGCCCUGCGCGCCGCCGCCCAGAGCCUGUGCGGCACCGUGCAGGACGGGGCGCAGGCCCGCCAGCAGCUCAGGCAGCAGGCGUUGAUCGCCAUCAGCCAGGCGGCCGUGGUCGCGGCUCAGGCCGUUGCGGCCAAGUCCACGGCGGGUUUGGUCCUGGUCGCCGCUGCCAACGACAGGUCUGGGGCCGCCCGGGCCGCUGGCUUGGACGCGCUCGUGGCCCGCAGCACCGAGCUGGAGUCGAGGCUGGCGCUGGCGCUGACCAACGCGGUCUCGACGACGCGGGCCGUGCAGAUGGGCAUUCUGCACGCGGACGGCGCGGUGAAGGACGCCAUCGUGAAGGUGGGCGCCAAGGUCGAGAGCGAUCUGCAGGCCAUGCAGCCGCUGUUCAGCGCAGCUCGGGCCGCUGGGCACAAGUCCAGCGAGGCGGACCUGACGCUGGAGUCUGCGCUGGCAGAUACGGGGCGAAAUGCGAAACCUCGACACGUUCGUCGAUCUGAUGUGAUGCAGUACGUUCGUGAGUACCAGUACUGGUUCGUGACCAAGAAGGAGGACCGCCUGGUGGCGUUCGGGAAGGCUUGCAAGUCCCUCUACAGGAGUCGACUAGACGUAAGCGAGCUCCGGGACGCGGUGCGCGAUGGCGGCGGCGCGGGCGGCGCGGGCCGGGAGGUAGUGUCGCUCGUGUGCGGCAGGCUCGGGCUCGCGGAGGCGGAGUGCCGCGUGUCCGUGCGGUGGCUGCCCGCGGGAGCGCCGCCGCAGGGCGACCUCUGGCCCGCCGCGGGGGUGCAGGGCAGCCGGGAGGCGAGGGCGUGCGUGACCUUGGGCGCGGCGUGCGAGCACGCGCUCUGGCGCGCGGGCGCCGACGGCGGCAGCGAGGUGCGCCUCUCGGGCAGGAACGGGUGCGUCUACCUCCUCGGGUGCGACAUGGGCCGCGCGUGGCGGUGGGAGGUCCAGGCCGCGGAGAGCGCUCUCGGCGGCCUGAUCUUCAUCGGCAUUUCUGGCCCCUGCAGCAUGGCAGAGGACGAGGCCAAGCUGGCUCCGGCGCCUAGCACGCCGCCCGCCGCUCUCAAGGAGGGCACCCGUGUGCAUGAUACACACGACUCCAACCGCCCGUGCAUGCGUAUCAUCACGCUGGAGGACCACGCGCAGCUGCGCGACCUCAGUCACGACGACGUCAUUGUGAUUCCGAAUUUCUUUUGUGACGCCGGCGACUGGGAUCUGUAUUAUGAUCUAUUGCGUCAAGCUCGCGAAGACGAUACAGGGAAGGGAUCGACCUCCACAUGGGAGUCCUGGCACGAGGGCUCCCACCUGCUGACGAAGAGGCCGGAGGGCUCGGACGCCUUCCGCUCCGUGAUCGACAGGAUCUGCGACGCGUUCCACAUUGCCAACAAGGACUGCCGCGACGGCAACUCUGUUGGCACGCGCUUCAAUUGGUAUCGCGACGGCGCAGACUGGAAGCCUUUCCACCACGACUCCGCGGCGUUCAACCCGCAAAGGGCCGCCAAGCAGAAUUGUACCGUGGGCGCCUCCUUCGGGGCCUCACGGGAGCUCGCGUUCCGACACGCGAAGACCGGAGAGUUGAUCUAUUUCCCCCAGACGAACGGCAUGCUCUUCUUCUUCGGCCGGGACGUCAACAUCCGCUGGCAGCACGGCAUCAACGCCUUGCCCACAGAGGACCAGGACGGCAAGGGCCGCGUCUCCAUCAUAUUGUGGGGGUUGACGCUGCUGGCGCGCGAGGAAGCCGGCUCGCCGCCGAUGCUGGAGGGCUCCAGCGGCCCCAGCGCCAAGGGAGGGGGCCGCGGCGGCGAGCGCUGUAGGGCCUUCCUGCGGGGCAGCUGCAGCUACGGCGCCGCGUGCCGGUUCCUGCACGUGGCGGGCAGCGCCCAGGCUGCAGCAGGCAGCCUUCGCAGCGACGUGUGCCGCAACUACCAGCGCCUCGGCAGCUGUGCCUACGGCGACGGGUGCAGGUAUGCCCACCACGCCGCGGGGGGCGCUUGA